UAAAAGGAACGCCGCCAUUUUGACAUUUGUUUAGCUUUGUGUUCUGCAAUAAAAAUUAACAUCAAAUUAAACCAAUUGUUAGCUCUAUGCUUUUGUUUCCGUCAUAUUAUAAUUUGUCUGGUUAGAUAAGUGAAUAAAAUUACACGCAUCAGUGAUUCAAAUUUCCCUUUCCCAGCGCAUAAAUCAAUACUGUGCCAGUGCCGCUUUUUUUUAUUUUUGCGAUUAUUCUAUCGCAAUAAUUCUGAACAUAAAGUGAUUUAAAACAUAUUUGCUAGUGAUUUCAUAUUACUAGAUACAUUUGUAAAGUACUAAUUGUAGAAAAGUUUUUAAAGAAUGUUGUGAAAAGUGAAAGAAAAAAGGCGCGAAGUAUCCCGCGCCGAAGCUCUCGCACAGCAGAGAACGAAAAUUAUUGUAGUUUCCUUUGGUUCGUGAUGUAUAAAUAUUUACGUUUAUAUCACAUAAAUUUUUUAAAGGAUACUAUCUAACAAUACAAAUCAUAUAAAUUGGACCCAUAUUAUUGCAAUGCGGUUAAGAAGUAAAAAGCGUGAGCGGCGGCUCUCAAAGCGAAUAUCUCAAAAAGUUACUAAAGUGAAACAAAAGACUUUGAAUCAAACAUUCGUCAAAAAGAAGUGGAAGGAGAUAUUAAAUGAUGAUAACAUUUUAUCAUCUGAUUCUGUUAUACACUGCACUCGGUCUAAACGGAAUGCACUAGGAGUUAAAACGCGGCCGGUGAGAACGAAAAUCGCUAAAAUGGAAAAGCCAAUGGAGCCCAAGAAAAGGGAGGAGGUAAAGAAACCAGUGUUUCAAACUGUCGUUCGCAGUUCCAACAAGGACACAGUGUCGUCGUCCAUAUCCGUGAAAUUGAAGGAUAAAGCUGCAACGGCCAAAAAUAAAAUCAAAGAUGUCCGUACAACUCGCAGCGUUCAACUGCGGCAGAGUUCUUUAAACCGUGAGCUGCGAAAGACUGAGUCUGUGUCAUCAGCUCUGAGCUCGCCACGGAAAACGAGGCGUAUGGAUAAAACGGAAAAAUCAGCAUCGUUAAACAGUUCGCCAAUCCGCAAAGUGAGACAGUUGGGUACACCCACACCUCGGCUGAGCAAAAUAGCCAUAAGUUCGACUAAUGAGAGCCCUAAAAAGAAAAUUAAGCCAAAAGCGCCUACGGUGCCUGAAUCUUCAUGCUACUCUGAAGAUAAUGAUGUUACAAUGUACGAGCCUCACACAACAACAGUUGAUUUUCCAAAACAGGAAGAAUCUGAUUCCGACGCCCAUGUUGAAUCAACAGAACUGUGCCUACCAAACGAUUGUCUCAAUGAUUUCAUGGCUUUGGACUGUGUGAGAUUGAUAAACGAAGGCAUAUCAACAGAUGAUGAUAUAAACUUGUUAGCUGAUAAAGCGGCUAGGGUUAUGACUACAGAUAAGGAGGAGGUCCAAAGGAAAGUGUCAACUGAUAAACGGUUAACGAAACGCAGGAAGUCAAGUAACGAUUUGGAAAUGUAUCAACCUACAUCCACUACUGAUGACUUGGAUGUAUGUACAGACUUUUUGAGCACGGAUGAAAAAUAUGUUCAGCCCGACUUUGUAUCGCUUCUGGAACAAGAGACCUAUGUGAGGGACUCUGAAUGUGAGAUAUCCUCCACAUGUGAUCAGGGAACAGCCAUAGAGAGCCUGGAGGCAUUGUCAGCUAGGAGCCCUAGUAGUGGCUUCCUCGCUGAGAUUAGUCAGAGCCUGGCUGCUGAGGCUAGUGGAUGGAGUGCUGACAUAGUAACAGACGAAAACUCACUGACAUGCCAUGAUGAAAUAACACCAGAUAUUGAGGAAGAAGCAGUGGACGUCAUUACAUCGUGCAGCACGAGAGUGGAUGCUGAGCAGAUCUCAUCUUGGGCUGAAGCGUUUGAUCCGUAUCUGUUUAUUAAACAGUUGCCGCCGCUAGAGAGCGUGGCGACCGGUGCGCUCAGGGCCAGAUAUCCAGCCCUACCUUUGAAGACUAGAACUAGCCCCGACUUCAGCCUGGUGCUGGACUUAGACGAGACUCUGGUGCAUUGCUCGCUGCAGGAGUUGCCGGAUGCGAGCUUCCACUUCCCGGUGCUGUUUCAAGAUUGCCGUUACACAGUGUUCGUCCGCACGCGGCCGCACUUCGCGCAGUUCCUGUCGCGCGUGUCGCGCCUCUACGAGGUGAUACUGUUCACGGCGAGCAAGCGCGUGUACGCCGACCGCCUGCUCGACCUGCUCGACCCGCGCCGCCGCUGGAUCAAGUACCGACUGUUCCGUGAGCACUGCCUGCUGGUGAACGGGAACUACGUGAAGGAUCUAUCGAUCCUCGGCCGGGAUCUGCGCAAGACCGUCAUCGUCGAUAAUAGCCCGCAGGCGUUCGGCUACCAGCUGGAGAACGGCAUCCCGAUAGACAGCUGGUUCGUCGACAAGAGCGACAACGAGCUGCUGAAGCUGAUACCGUUCCUCGAGCACCUGGCCACCAAGGACGACGUGCGGCCGUACAUACGCGAUAAGUACAAACUGUUCAGCUAUUUACCACCUGAUUAAAAUAUACAAUUAUACAUUCGUAUAUCUCUGAAUAAAAAAUGUGUUUGGAUACAAAAAGAAAAAAAAUUGACGAUUAUUAACCUUUUUUCAAGUCGGUACGUUUCACCAUCCGCCUGAAAUAUGUGCAUAUAAAAAAACGUAAAAGGUCAAAGGUGUGUCGGAACACAUUUUUUUUUGCUCACGCUAUGUAUUUGAAUUUAAAUUAUUAUAGAAAAAAUCAUAAAUACAUAGAUAUGACGUGAAAUUUUAGACGAUGUGACGUUAUUUAUACAAUUGGCAUUUAAAAGUAUUAAAAUUGGCGGAGUUUUUUUAAUAAUCUGUGAUUAUUGUGCGUUGUUUUUUUUUUAUUUCUUUUUUUAUAGCGUAUGUUAUAGUGUGCGUACAGUCGGUGGAAAAAGAGUUUUUUUUUUUUUUUUGUUACUUAACGAUAUAAGUUUGUGUUGUUUUUCGCGGAUUUAUUAUAGUGUGUAUUUAUUUCUUGAUUAUGUAUGUUUGAAAAAAGUGGCUAAGAUAAUAAGAUAUGUUAAAUUAGUUGUGAAUGUUGUUUACAAAGCAACAUUAUUUAUUAUAACAUAGCAUUAUUUGCAAUGACAUGAA